CGAUGAGCUCCCGCGUCGCCGGAUCCGUCCUCCUCCGCCACCUGGGCCCGCGCGUCUUCGGGCCGACCACUCCGGCCGCGCAGAGGCCCCUGCUUGCCGGAGGGGAAGGGGGCGCCGUGGCCGUGGCCAUGUGGGCGCGGCCGCUGUCCACCUCCGCCGCCGAGGCGGCGAGGGAGGAGGCGACCGCGUCCAAGGACAACGUGGCGAGCACCGCCGCCGCGACGGCCGAGGCGAUGCAGGCCGCCAAGGCCGACGCUGUGCAGGCCGCGAAGGAGGGCAAGAGCCCCGCGGCGAGCAGCUACUGGGGCAUCGUGCCUGCCAAGCUGGUGAACAAGGACGGCGCCGAGUGGAAGUGGUCUUGCUUCAGGCCGUGGGAGGCGUACACGUCGGACACGACCAUCGAUCUCUCCAAGCACCACAAGCCCAAGGUGCUGCUCGACAAGAUCGCCUACUGGACCGUCAAGUCGCUGCGCGUGCCCACCGACAUCUUCUUCCAGCGGAGGUACGGGUGCCGGGCGAUGAUGCUGGAGACGGUGGCGGCGGUGCCGGGGAUGGUGGGCGGGAUGCUGCUGCACCUGCGGUCGCUGCGGCGGUUCGAGCAGAGCGGCGGGUGGAUCCGGGCGCUGCUGGAGGAGGCGGAGAACGAGCGGAUGCACCUGAUGACCUUCAUGGAGGUGGCCAACCCCAAGUGGUACGAGCGCGCGCUGGUGCUGGCGGUGCAGGGCGUCUUCUUCAACGCCUACUUCCUGGGGUACAUCGUGUCCCCCAAGUUCGCGCACCGCGUCGUGGGCUACCUGGAGGAGGAGGCCAUCCACUCCUACACCGAGUUCCUCCGCGACCUGGAGGCCGGCAGGAUCGAGAACGUCCCCGCCCCGCGCAUCGCCAUCGACUACUGGCGCCUCCCCGCCGACGCCAGGCUCAAGGACGUCGUCACUGUCGUGCGCGCCGACGAGGCGCACCACCGCGACGUCAACCACUUCGCCGCGGACAUCCAUUUCCAGGGGCUGGAGCUCAACAAGACGCCUGCCCCGCUAGGAUAUCACUGACGGAUGAAUGCCCAGACCGCCUAGCUCUGCCCUUGUCAGUGAAGAACAACACUCGUAUAUGUGUCGGAUAGGUAAGGUAGUGAUGCUUGAGAAAUAAAACGGCCGUUUGUCACGACAGCUCCAAGAUUUCUCGAGGAACUAUUUGGUUAGCUAGCGAUGAACGGUGGUGCACUUUGGCUUGUAAUGGAAGUUGCUUCUGCUAGCAAAGGAUAUAUGUGCUGACAUUCUGCUUCAGAAUUCACAAGUGCACUUUCAGUUGCAGGCUCGAAA